GACUCGUGACAGAUCCCAGUGCGCAGGAAUGAGCCUCUGAUAUAAGGAAAGUACUUUUUAUCCUAGUUCACACAUGGAAAGAGUUGUGAUGUCACCAGAAUUACUACUCUGAAGGCUUAGUAAGAGUUCCAACCAACACAUGUAAACUUCUUCUUAGCUCUCUUCUUCCAAGGCCCCUGAUUUUGUUGAGUUGCCCCCCCAGCAGCAGAGACUCGAGCAGCCAGCGUUGCACUGAGUGUAAGGGAGAGAGGUGGCAGUGAGCAGCAGGAGGAAAUGGUAGUGAGUAUAAGCAGGCAGAAAUCUGUUCCGGUAUCUGUGCACGGCAUCGAGAGUCCCAAUGAAGUACAUACUGGUGACGGGAGGAGUGAUCUCUGGAGUGGGCAAAGGGAUCAUUGCAAGUAGCAUUGGUACCAUCCUGAAGUCCUGUGGCCUGAGAGUGACUGCUAUUAAGAUCGAUCCCUAUAUUAAUAUCGAUGCUGGCACUUUCUCACCCUAUGAGCACGGAGAGGUAUUUGUGCUGAACGAUGGCGGUGAAGUUGACUUGGAUUUGGGAAAUUACGAGAGAUUCCUAGAUAUCAACCUUUACAAAGAUAACAACAUUACCACUGGAAAGAUCUACCAGCAGGUCAUCAACCGGGAACGGCGUGGGGAUUAUUUGGGCAAAACUGUACAAGUGGUCCCACACAUUACAGAUGCCAUACAAGAGUGGGUCCUGAAUCAGGCAAAGGUUCCAGUUGACCGUGACCAGAAAGAGCCCCAGAUAUGUGUAAUUGAAUUGGGAGGCACAAUUGGAGACAUCGAAGGCAUGCCCUUUAUUGAAGCUUUCAGACAGUUCCAGUUCAAGGCAAAGAGAGAGAACUUCUGCAACAUACACGUCAGUCUUGUGCCCCAGCCUAGUGCAACUGGAGAGCAGAAGACAAAGCCAACCCAGAACAGCGUCCGUGCCCUGCGAGGACUUGGGUUAUCUCCUGACUUGAUUGUAUGCAGAAGUGCCAAGCCAAUUGAGAUGGCUGUAAAACAGAAGAUUUCCAUGUUUUGCCACGUGGAGCCAGAACAGGUUAUUUUCGUCCAUGAUGUGUCCUCAACUUACAGAGUCCCCAUUCUUUUACAAGAGCAAGGCAUAAUCAAGUAUUUUAAGCAGAGGCUGAGCAUUCCUAUAGAAGACCAACCAAGUACUCAACUUUUCAAAUGGAAAAGAAUGGCUGACAGAUAUGAAAGACUGCUGAAGACAUGCUCCAUUGCUCUGGUGGGCAAGUACACAAAGCUGAGUGACUGCUACACAUCAGUCUUCAAAGCGCUGGAGCACUCUGCCCUGGCUAUUAAUCACAAGCUCAACUUAAUGUACAUAGAUUCUGCAGAUCUGGAGCCUUCCAUGAAAGCUCAAGACCCUGUGAAAUACCACAAAGCCUGGGAAGAACUAUGCAAAGCAGAAGGAAUUUUAGUUCCUGGUGGCUUUGGAUUGCGAGGAACAGAAGGCAAAAUUCAAGCAAUCACUUGGGCAAGAGAAAGAAAAAUUCCCUUUCUAGGAAUCUGCUUAGGAAUGCAAUUGGCUGUGGUUGAAUUUGCAAGAAAUAUUUUAAAAAUGACAGAUGCAAAUUCAACAGAAUUUGACCCGAAUACAAAAAAUCCUGCGGUCAUUGACAUGCCAGAGCAUCAUCCUGGUGACAUGGGAGGAACAAUGCGGCUGGGGAGCCGAAAAACUGUGUUUAAAACAAGUGAAUCUGUCGUAAAGAAACUUUAUGAUAAUCAAGACUUUGUAGAAGAGCGGCAUAGACACCGCUAUGAGGUGAAUCCAGAGCUGGUUCAACAGUUUGAAGAAAAAGGUUUAAAGUUUGUUGGACAGGACAAUGAAGGGCAGAGGAUGGAGAUUAUUGAGCUUGAAGGUCACCCGUACUUUGUUGGUGUACAGUUCCAUCCAGAGUUCUGCUCUCGACCAAUGAAGCCCUCUCCCCCUUACCUUGGCUUUAUGUUAGCUGCUUCAGGGAAGCUCAACACCUAUGUACAGAACGGCUGCAAAUUAUCUCCAAGGAACAGCUACAGUGAACACAGCGACGAAAGCUCCUCUGAUAGUUAGCUGCAACAAUGAACUGUCAUGAAAACAAGAUAUUCCUGCCAUCAAACAAAAAAAGCAAUGUCCACAAUGUAUCAUGUGGCCUUGGAUCUGUCAUUUGUAACUGACUUCAUAGGCAUAUUGGCAUGACAUCAAUCUGAAGAAGUAGAAGAAGAAGUUGCUCACCUUGGAUUACUCAUUGAAUUACUGGAGAACAUCACAAAUACAUUUAUAGAUGCAGCAGCAGCAUUUGAGAUAUUGCUUUUAACCUGCAUUUACCCAGCCAUGAUGCUUCUGGUGUUUUUUUUUUAUGGGUAUACGCUCCAUUUAUUUUUAUUCUGGGCUCAUCAAUUUGUUACUUGCUGUGGGCUGGAAUAUAACCCCCCUCCCCCCGUUAAUCAUUUAGAUUUUUAAAGGAGAAAGAAAGCUACGGAGGCAUUUUAUUGCCAAUAGAUUAGCUGCAAUAGUGCAAGCUAGAAUGCUAUAUUUAUUCUGUAGAAUGUUUUACCAUACCUUAGUAAAAGUUCUAGAAACUCUCUGUUUGUUUAGAAUAGGAGCUGCAGUAUUAAUGUGGUGUGACAUCACUUCCUGCCUGAGUCUCUCCCUGCUCUGGGCUCAGAUUACAGUAGAGAAGGGAGGGGUGGGGGAGAGGAGAGGAGCAAACUGAGCAUGCUCUUGCCCAGGGCAAUGGGGUUUAAGCUGAAGGCAGGAAGUCUGAUACAGAAGCCCAUGUGUACACAAUAGAAGGAAAGAAAUGCAGUGUUUCUUUUGACAGGGGACUCAGAGCAGCAUUACUUUGGGGGUCUACUGGUAUAUUUAGAUGGACCUUUCUGAUAAGGCUUACUUAGUUUUAACCUUUCCUUCUCCUUUAAGAAUAAGGAUUAGCCCUUCAUUCUAUUAAAUACAUAUGAAAACACAUUAGAUCAUUGCAGAUUAAUAAUCUUUGCUCUGAUUUGUCAGUGAUCUUUUGUAGCCUGAAUCCAUGUUUUUUUAUGGAUAUGCGCUCCUUUUAGGGUCUUUUAUUCUGGGCUCAUCAUUUUGUUAUUAGCUAGGGGCUGAGUAGAACCCCCCUCCCGCCUGUUAAUCGUUUAGAUUUCGUUUAGAUCAUUUCAGGUUAAUAAGCUUUGCUCUGAUUUGUCAGUGAUCUUUUGAAGCCUGAAUCCAUGUUAUGUGCCAACAUGUCGGAGAGUUUCAGGCAAGAACCGAACCAAUGGAAACAUUUUAUCAUCUCGAAAAGGUCUUCAGAAUAAGGUCUUGGUAUAACAUCGCCUUGUAGUAUUUGUAUAUUGUGUAUGUUUAGAGGCACCACAUAUAAGAAACCAUAUUGAUCAAGAACAUUUUGAAAGUCAUUGCUUUACAGACCAACAACUGUCACCCAUUGUUAAAGGACUUUGACCUGUAAUGGAGUGGACAAAACAUCAGGGAAAUUGUCUUGUCUUGGAUUAAAAAGAAAACACUAUCUAUAACCAGUUUUUAUAUAUUUUCUUCUUCUGAGUGAAAUAAAAUGUCUAUGUUUUCA